CCUUAAUAAUGCACGCGCACAGCAGAGUUCUCUCCCCUACGCGACGUACAUUUUUCGGUCAAAAUCAUAUAUUUUGACCAUACAGACGUUUAUUUGAAUCAAAGUAGCUUGAAACUGAAUCAAAUGAGUCGCCGAAAAGUUACACUUGUGUCAGAUAGAAGUCCAAGAAGUCCUUAUGAACAAGGCGAGUUGGCAUCAAGUAGUCCGGAGCUAGCAGCUAGGAGUGAAGACAACGAGACAUCUGAACAUGAAAUGGAAGAGGAAGAGGAAGAAGAAGAACAUGUUCAGAGUGAUAGAGACCAGGAUAUGCCAUCAGCUGAUGAGGAAGAUCACGAUGACGGUCCAGGAAUAAAACCUCCACCUGUUCCUGUGAAGAAAAAAGAAAAACACAAACAUAAACAUAAAGAAGAUAGAAAGAAAGACAAACAAAAAGACAGACACAGGGAAGAAAAAGACAGACAUAGGGAGAAGGAUAGGGGCCAUGAAAGAGAACAUAGAGAGGAAAGAGGGGCUAGAGGGAUCCAAGACAGACAUGAAAGAAAAGUACUAACAGGAAGGGAAAGAGAGAGAGAACUGAAAGAAAAAUUGUUGAAAGAAAAAGAGAAACGUGAAAAGUCUAGAAUGGAAAGAGAAAGACUGGAACGUUUGGAAAGAGAAAAGAACAGAGACAGAAAACUAAGGGAGGAGAGAGAAAGAAGAGAACAGGAAAGAAGGAAAAGGAAGGAAGAAGAAAGAAGACUUCAACAACAAAGAAAGGAAAGAGAAGAAAUCAGAAAUAGGAAGGAACGUAUGAUCAAAGAAAAGGAAAGAAUGCAAGGUCGCCCUAGAAGUCGGAGUCGUGAGAGACGAGAGGGGAGUAGAGAUACUAAAUCAAGACAUUCUCACAGGUCAUCUGAUAAAGGCUCUAGCUCAGGUGGAAAGGUUCAUGAAGAACAUGAGCGGCCAAAGGAGAGAAAAGUUCAGAUGAAGAAGGAGAUUAGAGAGUCAGAAGAGGAACAUAUUGAGGAGAAGCAUGAGAUUCCCGACACAGCAAUGUCUCCAUCAGAGGACGAAAGUGAGGACACAGAGAGUGACUCUGGAUCAGGAACUGACACAACAACUGACAGUGAUGAUUCUAGUGACGAAGAAGAUCAUAAAGAUGAUGAGAAAAUCAAAUCAGAGAGUCCAGAUCAUGAUAAUGAAGAUGCUGACAAGAAACAUCUGGCAAAGUCAAAAUUUGACCAGUCUGAUAAUGAAAGUGAGACUGGUUCAGUACAUUUGAAUGAUCACCAUGACGAUGAUGGUUACUUAGCUGAAACCCCACCAAUGUCUCCAGUAGAAUUAAAACCUGAUUUGCCUCCAUAUUUUCCUGCAAUACAGGGCUGUCGUAGUGUAGAAGAGUUUAGUUGUUUGAACAAAAUAGAAGAAGGGACAUAUGGUGUGGUAUACAGGGCCAGGGAUAAGAAAACAGACGAAAUCGUUGCUUUAAAGCGGUUAAAGAUGGAGAAGGAAAAAGAGGGAUUUCCUAUCACAUCAUUACGCGAGAUAAAUACCCUGUUGAAAGCCCAGCAUACAAAUAUAGUAACAGUCAGGGAAAUUGUGGUAGGGAGCAAUAUGGAUAAGAUAUACAUUGUGAUGGACUACGUAGAACAUGAUCUAAAGAGCUUGAUGGCCCCAGAAACUAUGAAACAACCAUUCCUUGUUGGUGAAGUGAAGACAUUAAUGUUGCAAUUAUUGCGAGGUGUACAACAUCUCCAUGACAACUGGAUCAUACAUCGAGACUUGAAGACUUCCAAUCUUCUUCUUAGCCAUAAAGGCAUUUUAAAGAUAGGUGAUUUUGGUUUGGCCAGAGAGUAUGGUGAGCCAUUGAAGCAGUAUACGCCAAUUGUUGUCACACUUUGGUACAGGUCACCGGAACUUCUGUUGGGUAUAAAAGAGUAUUCCACACCUAUAGACAUGUGGUCUGUUGGUUGUAUCAUGGCAGAAUUCCUAGUUAUGAAGGCAAUAUGGCAAGGAAAGACAGAAAUAGAACAGUUACAAUUAAUAUUUAAGGAUCUAGGAACACCUACUGAAAAGAUCUAUCCUGGUGUAAUGGAUUUGCCUGGCAUGAAGAAAUGCGUUUUCAUUGAAUAUCCCUACAACACAUUGAGAAAUAAAUUUGGCCAGUACUUGUCAGAUCAGGGCUUUAAUCUUUUAAACAGGUUUCUGACAUAUAAUCCUAGUAAAAGAAUUGCAGCUGGCGAGGCAUUGAAGCAUGAAUAUUUCCGAGAAUCUCCUGUUCCAAUUGAUCCAUCAAUGUUCCCAACCUGGCCAGCCAAGUCAGAACAAGUGCGGAAACAUGCAAGUUCACCGAAACCUCCUUCUGGCGGAAAAGCAUACUCCAAAUUACUGGAUGAUGGUGAUGAUGCAAUAGCAGCUGGUUUCCAGUUCAGACAAGCAGCCAAAGGUGUAUCAGCAAUUGGACCUGGUUUCAGUCUCAAAUUCUAAAAAAAAAUCAGACUGUAUUGUAGGAUUAAAUCAACAUUUAAAUACUGAUAAAAAUGCAAAAGCAGCUGUUUCCCAGUUUACACAAGUUGACAGAGGUGUAUUAGCGGCUGGUUUCCAGUUUGCUCAAGCAGCUUUAAAGUCUAGUAAAAUUCAACUGAAUGAAAGAAUAAAAUCAUCUUCUAAACUUUGAUGAAAUAUACAGUAAUGAAGACAAACCAGACUGUAGAUAUAUGAUUCAUCUCUGUCAGAAGACAGUCUUAUUGUAUCGGAUAACAGAGUGCUGUUUGAUUUGCAAAUGGCCACUCAAUGCAUGAUUAUUUGGAUAUUUUCCAAAUAGUUGAAGUGGCCUCUGUGGGUGUUGUCUGCUGACUUCAGAUCACUUUUUCCUCACUGCUGUGGGUUCAUAACAUCACUUGGGGUGUAGAGCUUUUUCUUGUGAGGAAGUCAUCCAGCCGGCUUACUGAAUGUCAUUAGUUGAAUAAUACACAAACCGGGACAUGUAAAAAGUUCGAAAGUUCCCAUAUGACCUACAUUUGUAUUGGUAUGACAUUAAACCAAGCAAAAACAAAACAAAAUCAUAUUGUAGGGCUUCUGUUGCCCCCUCUUUCAUUGAGGUCCACAUCACAAAAACUUUUGCAUGUAAGUCUGUUUCUCAAAAACUGCCUGAGCAAAUGUUUUCAAACUUCACACAUGUCUUUAGCAUAAUUGUGGCUUAAACUUUAUCAAAAUCAUGCCCUGUUAUAACAUAAAAUUUGUGAAAGUUUUGUAGACCAAAUCUGUUCUCAGCAUGCAUCAUUGACAUCUUGAGGUGACCUCAUAUGGUAGGUUUCAUAACUGGUUUACAUUGACUUUUUACUUAGACAUUUUGGUGAAUUUUUGCAUGUAAGCAGAGUAUACCUAAUGCUUUCAAACUCUUCAUAAUUCUUUAGCAUCAUGAAAUGACCAUUCCUAGCCUGGUUCAAUUCUCCGACUUUUUAUGCCCCUUUUUUGCAGUAAGAAAUUUUAGAAAAGUCUCUGUAUGUAGCAUUAUGCUGAAGGGUCCGAAAUAGUUGAGCGUGCUAUCAUUGGAUAGCUCCUGUUUUAUAUGUUAAAGUUUAUUGUAAGCUAGUCAAGAUGUAUUGAUCCAGGCUUUGCAAAAAAUCAUAAGUGUAGGUUAAGAAAGACAAUAUUAUUACUACUGUUUAAGUUUUCUAAUAUUGAUUAACACCUUAGUGCACUCAGUGUUUGCCCUCUAACCUACAUUAAGAAAAAAAUAUAAAAAAAGAGUUGGGGUAUCAGUCAUUCUGCCAAACAAACAACAGGCAAGAAUGACAGUAAUAUGCUUACUGUACUGUUCAUAUGAUUAGCUGAUCACAGCUUAAAAUUUCACUACCAUGCAAUUAGAUUCAUUUGGAUUCCAAAUUUAAGAAGGAAAGACAUAACAGACAUAAUUAUUAUGCAGGAACAAGUAAAUAUUUGGUUCCUUGUAAUAAUGCAGAUCAACAAUAUUGUCAGAUUUGGGGCUGCAUAAAAUUUAGUUGGAUAACUUAUAUAUUUUUAUAAGUAAAAAGGUUAGGGAUUAAUCCCAUUGGGUGUCUGCAGGAAUUUAUGGUACUCCGAGUGGUACCUAUGGCAUGAAAUACAGUCUUUGAAUGUCUUUAGACAAAUAGCAGAAAACUUCAAAAUUGCCAGAAAAUGAAGUAUGACAUUUUUGUGACUUAUCAAGUUUUUUUUUCUCCAAAAUUAAUACUGCUAUUGUAUGAAAAGUUUAUUUAUGUUAUUGUAUUAAUUCAAGGGGCAUAUACAUAUAUUUUGAUGAAAACAUGUUUAUUUUUUAUUUAACAAUGAGAGCAAAAGCGAGUCAUUGGUGUUGAUAAAUAAUGUACAGAGAAAAAAUCAUUAUCAUUGUAAAUAAAUCAUGACAUAGAACAUUCAUAUUUGAA